AUGUCGUCCCCGGACGAGAACCAUCCUCUGCUUCCACCAGGGGCCCACCCCACUCCGUCCCGAAAACUGGGUGCGCGGCGAUACGUGCCCAGCGAGAAGGCGAAGGGCAAGCAGCGCGCCGAUCCCGACACCGUCAUGUCGGACGAUGAGCCUUCCUCGCCGUCGCCGCUCGAUAAGGGGAAGGGAAAGGCGCCACCGGAAGACGACGCAGUGGGACGACCAGUCACCAUCAUUUUCUCCAAUGACGACUCGCAUCUCCAGGUCUGGGUCGAAGAGGGCGAGAACGUGCGGCACGUCAAGGAUAAGCUGAAGAUUAUUUAUGCGGGACGCUUGCUGACCGACGGUAUUCUGCUGCUUCCGUGGUUGCGCUCGCUGGAGGAGAGGGUGAAGCGACACGCGUCGGGCGUCUCUGGGGCGAUCAGGGACGUCGUCGACCUGGCGGGCACGUCAGCCCCGGCACCUGCACCGGAGCAGGAACCGGCGAAGAUCAACCUUCACUGUAAUGUCGGCGGACCGCUCGAGACGAACAGCAUUGGGGAAGAGGAAGACACGUCGGACGCAGAAGUUCGCCCCCAACGCCGAGGGUUCGACGCUCUUCUCGACGCCGGUCUGAGCCCCGAGGACGUCGCCGCCAUGCGCCGCCAAUUCUACGAAAGUCGCGGAGAGGAGGUACCUGACGGUCUUGACGGCGACGUUAGCGAUGAGCAUGCCCGUGCUCUAGAGGAACAGUGGAUUGAGGGCGACUUGACGCCAGCCACUGCAACGACGACACAGGAGGGAAUGUUCGCGUCGAUCCUGCACGGCUUCCUGAUCGGCUUCCUGUACCCGCUCCUGCCCUGGUUCUUCUUCAAGGACCAACCGCUGCCCAACUUCUUCGACGCAGAGGCGGAAGCAGACCAGCGAUUCCGCAGAGAGGAAGCGGCGCUGCGGGCAGAAGAGGAGCGUCGUGCGGCGAUUCACGCUACAGCUAUGGGGCUGGCGCCGCCGCCGGCUGUCCCCGACGUGCCUCCUGAAGAUGACGGAGAGACAGUCAGCGUAUCGGCCCGCGUGUCCAACUCGCCGCUCGUUGGCGGGGAGGUCGUGUCGAGUGUCGCAUUUGGGAAGAGGACACAGAUCGGCAUUAUUCUCGGCACGCUCAUCAACCUCGUGUUCGGAUCACUGAACUACCUGGGAUAG